AUCAGCUGUUCGUCAAAAUCUAUACUGCGCUAUUUUAUUAUUUGCAGUCGAAACCUCAAAUCUGUAGCUAGCUACCUCAGAACACACUACUAUCAAAAUAUGAUUUUUUAAGAAGCAUCGGAAAACGUUUGCCCUCUAAAGAAGCAGGUUGUGCUGAAGUCGAUCGUUCUGCUGAGUCUGUGAGAGCCGCUCUUGCUUGCAACUUCACGUGCAUACCAGGCAAAAAAAAGUUCACUAUCAAUUAUUCAUUACAAUCACACUUCAUUUAUAACCAUGUUUCAACGGCUCACAAACCUGCUCUUUGGAAGCGCAAGUGAAACAACUCAGGAAGCAACUGUGCCAAAGCCAAGGUCUCCGGAGGGGGACGAGGAAGGAUGGCUCCUGGUUAAUGCCCCUGGAGAUGGAGAGGCAUCCUCUGAACCCAGCAAGGUGCAGUCCUCCCCAUCUUUAAUCAACUUAACAGGAAGUCCAUCAAGCGCAGAGAAGUGUGCUGCCAGCUUGAUCAGUGAUGCAAGCAUUGUAGAACCAGAAGUCCCUGAUGCUAGAAAUAGUGGGCGGGCGUCCCAGAGAUUGGUCUCUCAGGCUGGGGCUCUGGUCAAAGUAACCCAGGUGGGCAGGAUACAACGGGCUCAGGCACAGGCCAACCGGCACAAUCUUGGCCACAAUUGCAUUCAGCGUCAGAACCACAUUCGCCAGCAUCUUCCUCAACACUAUUCUCGCAUUCACUGCAUGAUCCUCCACCAGCCUGGCAAUCGCAACUUCUGUCACUAAGAUGCAGAGAAAGCACAAACCGACAUUGCAAUUAACAGUGCGCUUAACACAACAUGCAAGCAAACCACAAACAUGUGCCAUGGUUGAAAAUAAAAGCUUGAUAUGAACAUAUUUGAAACAUUUUCUUUACUUACAAUGUAGCGUAUAAUAAAUCCAGUGGCAGCUAAAGAUGUCCCCAAACAUUUGUUGGCCACCAGAAAAUUAAGUCUGUUUAUACCUAUAGUGCACAAUUCUUAGACCGUCAUGUAGCAAUAAAAUUAAGUGAAGGACUCUUAUAUUGUUGUGUUGUUUUAAUAUUAAAAUAAUAUUGAAAAAAAAAAAAAACACUGAACAUUUUAUAAUUGAUACUUAAUUUCAUUAAAUCAGAUUUACCUUGCUGAAGAGUGUUUUGAGUUUGACUGUGAGAUCACUGAGUAUAAUAGUAAAGUUAUUGCUAGACAAUCAGCAAUAACUAAACAGACAUUUUUUUGAUAGAUGUUUCUAGCCUUUCACAUGCUGGUUUUGCUAUUGUGCUAUUUUUCUUAUUUUUUUAUCGUUCAUUUGUUAAUUCAUCACACAAAGAUUUACAUUAAAAAAGAAUAUCAUUUAUUUUCAUUGUAGGUAUCUUGACUAUCAAUAAAGCAAUAUGGUGAAUUGCUUUCUGCAUUAUUUCACCCAGUUUAGAAUACUGAGACAGAUAAUUUCCAACUGUAUUGUUAUGAUUAAUCAACAAUAGACAAUAUGUAUGUCGUCGUGCGGAUGUUUCUGAGUUGGCGCAUAAUUGCUGUCAUUGUCAUGCGGUGGGUUGUAAAAACCAUGAGGGGGCGCCAGUGUUUAAUUGUUCCUUAACAAAAGUGGUUUAUGUCAUGCAGUGCGUUGUAAAAACAUGAGGGGGCGCCAGUGUUUAAUUGUUUCAUAACAGAAGUGGUUGAGUCAUUGAUGAGGACCUUUCUCCUUCUUGUGGUCAAAACUAAGGUUAAGUGACUAUGUGCAGAAUAUAUAUAAUAGAUAUCAAAAGUUAUUUUUCCCCUAUUUAAAAGGCUAAUUCUUGAUAUUACGAAUGGAAUUACUACCAGUUAAAGUAAUUAUAUUGGCACUUGUUAAAACAUGAAUUCCUGCUGUUAAAAAAAAAGACGUAAUUACUUGCAGAAAUAGCCUGCAAAUUCUUGAGAUCAAAAAAUUGAAUGUCAGUUCAAGUAUUUCAGAACUGUUGGUCAUUCACUCCAAUUCAAAUGCAAUUUCUUACUAGUUGAAAUUCCAAUUUUACAUAUCAGCAAUGCAAUGUUUACUAUUUGUAAUAUCUUUUUAAUUAUAUAAAUCAUUACAUUGUUACUAGUGCAAAUGUCCAUUCCUGAUUUCAGCAAUUGAAUUACAACUUGUAAAAAUGUUCUUUGAUAUAUCUGUUAAUGUAUUUUACAGAUAACAAAUGUAUGUUAAAUUAGUUUUUUUAGGUACUUGGAAAAGGGUUUCAGAUAUCAAUCAAUUGGACAGUAAUUAAAAAUGUUUUAAAGGGUUCAUGACAUGAGAAAUCACAUUUUCCUUGAUCUUUUGACAUAUAAGAGGUCAUAGUACUAUAAAAAUAUACGGUAAAUUUAGAACUCUAAACUUCCUCCUCACUGCAAAAAGAGCAUUUGUUGAAGCAAACUGCCAAAACAACUCGUUCUCUACUUCCUCCACAUUGUGAUGUCACAUUUGGGUAGACAUUUGUGUCUGAUCACCUUUAUAACAACACAUACUUAACCACGCCCAAAGACAUUUUGGUAGGAAAACCUUCAAGAUUAGCGUAAAGCAGCCAUUCCAUAGACAUUGCAUGGUGGUACACUGGUGAGGAGACAAGAUGCCAUUCUUUUUGAAUGUAUGUUUAUGGAGGAGAUGCUUCACAACUAAAUAAACCACUUUUGUGAGGAAACAGCUCAUAAUUUGAUUAAUUAACCUCCUGUCCACUAAUCUUUAACAUGUGUUACACUAAACAAUCCCUUUGGAGUGAGCAAUGUGUGGAGUUUACUAUGAUAAAAUAGCUGUUUUAAAAGAGAAGUCACUGACAAUUUUACAGUCAGAAGAUAUCAGUUUACAGAUCUCUCCAUUCAUUUGUAUAGCAUUAGCAAACUGUCGUAAAAUGCUAGUUGGUCGUUAUGCUCCCUCCAAAGAUAGAAUCGCGAAGGUUGUUAUUUCAUUACUAUAAGAUCUCUGACCAUAUCAGUUCCAUAGCCACACCCAGUAGCGGUGAUCAGUGAGAUUACAGGUCAGUCAAGAGCAGAGAGCCAAUCAUAAUAGUGAGUGUUUACUGUCAAGUCUUUAAGGCGAAGCAUCACCAAAACCGAUAUAUACGUACAUAAAAUGCUACUAAUAUUGUAAGUGAGCCUCAAAGAAUAUAUUAAAACACUUUUUAAAAAGUCAUGUUAUGACCUCUUUAAAAGACUAGUUACAAUCCCAUUUCAGAUAUCAGAAAUUAACAUUGCCACCUGUGGCGUGGUUACUGUGGUGGUGUAGUGGUCUAAACCACA